AUGCAACAGACAAAUCUCGAACAUGAAAGAACUCGCAACUUUUCUUCGUUACCCGAAGGAGCCCAGUUAUCCCAAAUACCCAGUGCUGGCCCCACAUACUUAGAUGGUGAAAUCGACGUCGGUCUUCCACGUCACCAUCUUCUAUCACUUCAAAACUGCUCACCUGAAAUCCUGUAUAUUCCAGAUUCACAUAUUCCGGACCCCCAUCGCUUAUCUUCCACUCCGCCUGGUCUCUCUUCCGCAGGCUCCUCUUCUACAUCUAAUCGAUCAUCUGCUUACAAUAGUUCUGGAAGUGCAUUGAACUCCAAUGACUAUGAUCGUGUUCACAUGAUGUCUGGAGUAGAGGGGGAGAUUGGUAUUGCUGUAGGGAUUGCGUCAGGAGACGUGUCUCAUAUAUUCGCCGAAGGAAGCGCCCGCUCAUCGUCUACUGGACGAGUACCGAUCGAACAUACUCGUUGGUCAGAGUAUUCAACUAGCAUAAGGUCGAGGUCUUCAUCAGUCGGGUAUAGUAAUGUGAGCAGUCUACUCGAAUCUUCGAAAUCACGCGAAAACUCUAGCUUUGAUCUGGAAUGGAAGACAGUCGACGAGAAAGAUGAGGCUGAAUUGAUGACCAGUGAUGAGGCUGAUCGCAUAAACGACACCGAAGAUAGCGAUGCCGACAGUGGCAAUGAACCCACAUCCGCUGUUAUGAUCGCGGAACAAGGCCGGGGUCUCAUUCUCAAGGCUGAUGGAACACCUAUCGUCCAGCUCAGUGUAGAACCAGGCACUACACAUCUGUUGAUUGGAUCUUCAAGUACUCCCAAUGCAUUACCUUCAUUUCUUACUGUUUCACUACCACAAAUUUGCAACACGCUUUUGGCUUUGGAUAUCUCUGCAAACUUCCUCGUUGCAUUGCCACCCGCUUUGGCUUCAUGCAGACUUCUAGAAGAAAUUAAUAUAUCUUCAAAUCCCCUGCGCGUAUUACCUGUAUUCCUCAAUCAGCUCUUCUCACUUCGCGUUCUCAUCGCUGAUUCAACGGGAAUCAACAGUCUCCCAAUCUCCUUAUGCGAGCUUGAUAAGCUACAUACACUAAGUAUGAGAAGGAACAAAAUGCUAUCCCUCCCUAGUUGGCUUUGUCUGUUGCCCUCUUUGCAAGCUCUAUAUCUUGAUGGCAAUCCUUUUCGUGGGCCCUGGCAAGCCCUCGUCGAGCCAUUAAUAAUACAAACACCCACUUGUCCUACGUCACCAUCAUUGCAGUGCUCAUGGCCUGUGGAUAAAACGAUCUCGAAGGGUUCAUCCAUCGGGUCUGAUUCGGAGGAGUUAGAGUCGUCCUGCGUUGACUACGAGUCCUCUAUUACCAUCUUCCCGCAAGGGGAAGAUUCUUCUCGGCCACCUCCAAAUCUGCCAUUGGAAGGUUCAACGACAAAUACCUCGAUCCAUGUCGAACCGCAGACUCCCGCACGUCGUUUGGUUCGUACUCGUACUGCUCCUAAUAGGGCUUUCUCCGGCAAAGCACGACAGACGAAUUCACAGGAGGUUGGUUGCCUUCAAGAUUACGAGCUGCGCAAAAUGAAGAGUACUGGAGAGCUGAAGCCCAGCUGUGAAGGUUAUCUUGAGCCUUUGACACUUUCCCCAUCGCUAUUGGUCGCGCAGUCCACUACAUCGGUUUCCAGUUCAAAUAUGCUUAGCAUGGCUAACCUUCGUCCCCGUGUGGAUCGUCCAGCCGUUCCCAAGCGCUUCGCCAGUUUAGGUGUUUAUUCAGGCUUUGAGGCAGAUAGCACUAGGUCCCCAGUCCCUCAGCGACCCGGCUACGAUGAUGAGGACAACACGGAUAAUGCCAUUAUAAUAGAGUCUCCGUCAAAUAUUUCUGUCCCACAAGAAUGGGAGAGAGGCCUGGCAUAUACGCAUGGCAAGCAAAUCAAAGACAAGACUGGUCGUUGGGGAUUUCUGAAAAAAAUGUCUAUGGGUAAAAUUAAAGCUGAUCCAAAUUCUGCAGUAGCUCUGCGAUCUACUAUUGCACAUGACGAAGAAGCUAGUCAUCCCCCGGCUGAGAUGCACCAUAGUACUUCACCCUAUAGUACUUCACCCCACAUCGAAGUUCGGUUCUCCACCACAGGUAGUCUAGGACGUAUGGUGAAUAGCGCUUCCCCUAUGAACCUACCAACUGGUUUGGAGCGGAGGACUGAAUCAAUCCCCAGGCAAUCAAUCCCUCUUCCCGUCGAUCCACAGCCUAUGAAUAGCAUGCCGAAAAGGAGGAGUUUUUUGCCUGUUGACGGCUCCGUCGAUAUACCUAUGGCUUCGAUAUUUGACCAUUCCAGGAAUGCCUCCGUUGAUGAUGAUGUUUAUCGCAAAAAAGGAAAGGAUGGAGCAUCAUAUACCAGAGCUUUGCGCUCAAUCAUGGCAUAUCUCAAAGAUAUGAAUGAUUUAGGCUUGUCUCCAAAGAGUAAUUCGAGCGUAUCACGAUCGUUAUCCGAUCUAAAGCUAGAUAGGAACAUGUCAUCACGACAUAGCUCCGCUGUCGAUAACAGAACCGACCUGGAAGGAUCCAACCAUGCAACCGCUGAGAGUGGUAUUGUCACUACGGAUAGCGGCGGCUCACUGGGUGAGCGGAAAUAUAAGGAUGACAAAAACAAACGAUGGAGUAUUGUUCGUGAAAUAAUAGAGACGGAAAGGACAUAUGUGAAAGGUCUUCAAGAGCUUGUUGAUAUCUACAUCAAACCUAGCACUGGCCCAGCCAAUUUAAUAAGUGGUGUUGGAUCUAGCAAGGAGACCAUGAUACCUGCCGUGGAGCGCAAAAUUGUAUUUAGCGGUAUAGAAGCCUUAUUCUCCUUUCACAAAGAGAAUUUUCUUCCUGCACUAGAGAUGGCUAGCGCUCCAGUCAUGGAAUCAGAGCAUGGGUCAGAUUCAGAUAUCAAUGGACAAUUAUCGAUAGGUGUUGCUAAAGCGGUGGCUGGAAUAUUUCUCAAACAUGCAGCUUUUAUGAAGAUGUAUUCGACUUACAUCAAUAAUUGUGACAACUCUGCCCAGCGGAUCAGAUACUGGACGGCUGAACGUCUAGCUACAGUAAUUCCAACCUCCUUCGUUUCAGCUCAGGGAAUUAUGUCAGACACUCCUGCUUCUAGUAAUACCACUUUAACUACCAGUCAACGGAAACGAAUCAAAUCGUUUUUAAAGCGGUGCCGUAUCAAUCCCAGGCAUUCACAGCUUAACUUGGAAGGUUAUCUACUUUUGCCUGUCCAGCGCAUACCCCGUUACCGCUUAUUAUUAGAAGAACUACUACGCAGCACCCCUCCUUCCUACUCGUUGAUGGAUGAUUCGUUGGACAGAGCUGUCGCAGAGAUAUCGUCCUUAGCUAAUAAUAUGAACGAAGGAAAACGAGAGUCCGAGUCCCGUCGCAAACUUGUGCACUGGCAGGCCAGAAUACGAGGCAGGUUUCCAAGUCCCUUAGUGCAGCCUCAUAGGUAUGUCAUGAAUGGGCCUCCCUUUUCGAAGCCUGAUUCAUUCUUCUUCACGAGGCGCCUUAUCAUGGAUGGCCCUCUUCUUUUGACUCGGGUUGUACGCAAAACAGUCGUAUCAUUUGAAAUUAUCAAUGCCCAGGGUGAUGCAUCUACGGUUCAAGUAGAUUGUCUCGCACCAGAAUUAACUCCUCGUUCUCUCAUUGGUAUACUAUGCAAUGACCUAUUGGUAUUGUGUAGGGAUCCUUCAGAAGGCAACGAUCCUUUAUCACAUGUCGAUUUAUGGGCUGUAUUGCGCAUGCAGACAUUACCACAGCCUGCUAGCAUUAAGUACAAUGCAAAGAGAAGGCAGGCUAUUGCUGAGUGGAAGCAUAAGAGGGAAGAAGGACCAAACCUACCUAAUCCUCGGCAAGCGCCUCGCAUUUAUUGCACACCUCCCAAACAUCAUGCACGUGUUCCUCACCUUCCUCCUGCUCCUCCUGGUAGCCCCUCUAUUCUUCGACUAGAAACACCUCUCUCAUUCAAAAAUCUACCUGCAAACAUAGACAACAGGGACAGAGGUCAGCCACCACACAUCACCAGUGGAAGUGACCUUACCCUGGAUCCUAUUCCCCUUCACUCCAUCACCCUUCACACCACUAUUUAUUAUGCUGAUGAUGUGGUAUUUGAGGAUCUUGAUUUAUCUGACAAAACCGGAUAA